AUGUCAUCUCAUCCAAGCGUGUUUCUUGUUGGUGCAGGAUACAUUGGACUCAAUGUUCUUGACCAACUUCUCGAUGCUGGGUACCCAGUGACAGCAUUGACCCGUCGGGCUGAACAGGCCUCCGAGUUGGAGAAGCGGGGCGUCAAAACCGUAUCAGGCACUCUAAGUGACACGGAAUUACUCACUGCUCAGACGGCACAACACGAAAUCACUAUCAACACUGCAUCUUGUGAUGAUCUACCCAGCGUGGAAGCUAUACUAGCUGGUGUAAGACAAAGAGUCGCAUCAAGCAAGCCCGUUAUCUAUCUCCAUACUAGCGGAACCGGAGCCCUUGAAGAUGGGGCGGCGGGAAUGUACAAGAAUGAGAAGAUCUACAGCGACACUAUCCCGGGAGAGAUCAACUCGCUUCCAGGUACAUUGAUGCAUCGCCAUGUGGAUAUCCCGAUUAUUCAAGCCCAGCAGGAAUUUGGAAGCAAGGCAAAGAUUGCUUUGAUGCUGCCCCCGCUAGUUUAUGGGAUAAACCCUGCACACAGCCGGCACUCAAUUGCGCUGCCAACCCUGAUGCGCUUUGCUCUGAAACACGGAUUUGUAGGGUAUGUGGGCGAGGGUCAAAAUGUUUGGAGUUUGGUCCAUGUCAAGGAUCUGGGACGUGCCUAUCUGAAGCUUCUCUCAUAUAUUGAGAGGUCUGGACCUGAGGUUCUCUUGGAGAAUCCUUACUUUUUUGCCGAAAAUGGAUCUGAGGCCUCAAUGCUUGAAAUCGCACAGCAUCUUGCUCAAGCCCUAUCUGACGCAGGAAGACUGAAGGGUCCUCAGUUGAAGUCUUUCACGGAAGCUGACUAUGCUGAUAUUUUCGGCCCCUUCACAGAGCGAGGAUUUGGCUGUAAUUCAAGAUGUUCUUCAGAUCGAUUGCGCGCCUUGGGAUGGAAAGCAAAUGAGAAGGAUAUCUGGCAGAGCCUUGAAGAGGAUGAGGCUCCAGAACUUUUGCAGUAG